AUGGCUUCCGCGGCUUUUCGGUGGCAUCUUCGGAUUGGACUGCUCAUUAUGAUGACUGCCAAUCUCGUCUUUGCCAAUGGAAGCAACGAUGGCUUGCAGCACAUCCUCCAUACUAAAGAAGUUUCUCCUCAGAUUAUCACAGGUCAAUACGAUCCUGCCCGAAUCAGCAUCAAUGAUACCACUGGCCACGUAUCAUGGAACUGGACGAAGAUCGACUUCGUUAACCAAGAUAUACCAAAGAAACUCAAUGAAUGUCUACAAAAUGGAGGCUCCGUGACAGAUGUCAAAUGGGCGAACCACGGUAGAAGCGUCGUCGCGGUCUUUGCUUAUGCAGUUGUGGUCAUCAACCAUUAUCCUGAUGAGCCAUCCAAGGACAAGACUAUAACCUUCGGUAUGUGCUUGGACAAAUUCGGGCUAGGAGGGACCCAUGGCAUUGAGCCUCUACCCGAUGGGAAGCUCGCUAUAGCAACAACUUCCUACGAAACAACAGGAAAUAUCAAGAUCGUCAACACGUCCUUGGGUACAUCAAACCCAUAUCCAGGCUUUCUUCAAGAGCUUGAUGGUAUCCCUGCGGUGCAUAGCCUUGUAUGGGACCAAGUAACAGAAAGUCUUUGGGCCGUCGGGAAUGACCUCCCUCCUCAAGGAAAGCCUCCCUCAAAAGCUCAGCUCAAUCGCUAUGAGUAUAGAAACGGUUCAUUCUCUCGGAAGCCCUCUCAAGUCGAGCCCAUUGGCCCUCCCAAAUUACUCAAUGAGGAAUGGGAUGAUUCAUGGUGGGAUGGAGGACAUGAUGUAACGCCUGUGCCUGGCCAACGACUCCUCCUUAUCUCUACAGAUCUGGACCUUCACCUCUUUAAUUUGACUUCGGCCUCAUUCCUACAUGGAGAGGAAGUGUUGAAGCAGCCGUUUAUGCAGGGAUUCAAGCCAGUCUUCUCUCAUGAGAAGAAUCUGCCCCGGGCUGAUGUCAAGUCAUUGAGCUUGCACAAGAACUCCGGAACACUUUAUGUACAGGCUGAUUGGAAAGGCUACUUCUCAACUCAUGUCAAUUAUCUUGCAGUCGGAGCAAAGGCUCCAAGAAACAUCUCGUUCUCGCAAUCGGUGUAUCGGUCACGCUGGUUUUCACCCGUUGCUGGAUGGUCCGUUGAGUAG